ACAAAAAAUUGCCAAAUGACAUUAAAAAACGAGCUUCUAUUAUUAGUCAAUAUCUUAAUCUUCGAUUAGCAGGGAAAAAAACCAUAGAAGCAAGUUUAUUGCUUUCUAAUAGUUUAGGAGGUGGAGAAUAUCAUGCUCGUCUAAUUCGCAAUUGGUCAAAGAAAUUUCUUAAAACCA